UGGGCGCCAUUUUGUGCGCGAUUCUUCGCUGAGGAAAGAGGCAGCUGCUCGCUCUCCCUCCGUCCGUCCGCAGGGGUUCACCGCCAGUCAGCCCCCCCCCCCCCUCACACAGCUCUUCUUUUUUCUCUCUUUGUCCGUUUCAAUCCCCAGCUUUCACCGUGGCGAUGGCAGAGUAUAUCCGUGUGGCGGAGGAGGAGUCGGAGGAACCGAUGGAGAUACCGAGCGAGGACGACGGCACCGUGCUGUUGUCCACGGUGACGGCGCAGUUCCCGGGCGCCUGCGGCCUGCGCUACCGUAACCCCGACAACCAGUGCAUGCGCGGCGUGCGCCUGGUGGAGGGCAUCCUACACGCCCCGGACAACGGCUGGGGCAACCUGGUCUAUGUGGUCAACUACCCGAAAGAUAACAAAAGGAAAAUGGAUGAAAUUGAUGCAUCUUCAGCUGUGAAGGUGAAGAGAGCAGUCCAGAAAACAUCGGACCUCAUUGUUCUUGGACUUCCCUGGAAGACAACAGAACAGGACUUGAAGGAUUAUUUCAGUACUUUUGGAGAAGUGAUUAUGGUGCAGGUAAAGAGGGACACGAAGACAGGGAACUCUAAAGGCUUUGGGUUUGUCAGAUUCACAGAAUAUGAAACACAAGUGAAAGUGAUGUCACAACGGCACAUGAUUGAUGGGCGAUGGUGUGACUGUAAACUGCCUAAUUCCAAGCAAAAUGCCGAUGAGCCUUUGAGAAGCAGAAAGGUAUUUGUGGGUCGCUGCACUGAAGACAUGAGUGCUGAUGAACUUCGUCAGUUCUUUUCCCAGUUUGGUGACGUGACCGAUGUAUUUAUCCCAAAACCAUUCCGUGCUUUUGCUUUUGUCACAUUUGCUGAUGACCAGGUUGCACAGUCUCUCUGUGGUGAAGAUCUGAUCAUUAAGGGGGUCAGCGUACACAUUUCUAAUGCAGAGCCUAAGCAUUUGAAUGCUAGACAGCAGCUAGAUAGAGGACGAUACAGUGUCAACACUGGAGGCUUUGGCAAUCAGGGUGGGUUUGGUAACAACAGAGGUGGUGGGGGAGGCUUAGGUGGCAGUCCAAACAGUAAUAUGAGUGGAGGUGGAAUGAAUUUUGGGGCUUUUAGCAUCAACCCAGCAAUGAUGGCUGCAGCGCAAGCAGCCCUACAGAGCAGUUGGGGAAUGAUGGGAAUGCUAGCCAGUCAGCAGGGCCAAUCAGGUGCAGGAGGGGCAAACCCUCAACAAAACCAGGGAAAUGUACCAAGGGAACAGAAUCAGCCAUUUGGAACCAACAAUAAUUCAUACAGCUCAAAUUCUGGUGCAUUAGGGUGGGGAUCGGCAUCCAACUCCGGUGGUCCUGGGUUUGGCUCUGGUUUUCCAUCUAGCAUGGAGUCCAAAUCGUCAGGGUGGGGAAUGUAAAAUGAGUGUUAGGUGUUUAGCAAAUGAGCAGAUGGGAGUUUAGAAUUCUAAUAAUGGUAAGUAAAUAGUUUUUCCACGACAUUUUUUUCUUGCUGCAUAAUUGAACAUUUUUUUAAACGUGGUUGUGUUUUGUGAUGUCGUUCAGGAUACUGACAGUAAGGUGAAUUUUGAAAGCUACUGUAUUGAGGAACGGAACUUGCAAUUCAGUAGUGCUCUCCCUGACUCAUUGCAGUAUGCAAAUUUUGUCUCUGGUUGAAAUCUUUAAUAUGCUUUAUAAUCUGUGUGCACAUUGUUAUUCCUUCUCCCUAUGUUCUGGGUUUGUUAGUAAAGUAAGUCACAUUGAGUCGAACAAUGUGGGUAACUUCAGAUUUUUCAUGACUGCAUUCUGAUGCUAUGCCUUCAAUUAUAAAUUGCUAGCAUGUUCUUCAAUUAGAUGCAACUUAAUUCAAAUGCAUGGGAAUGUUGCUACUUUUUAUCUUAUAGUAAACUGCAUUCUCUUAGAAAAGUAACCUUUUCACUGAGUAAACUAGGUUUUCUCUUUUCUAUGCAAGCUAAGUAUCUGGAAGACCGUAUCUUGUUUUUUAAUCACGUUAUAUUGUAUUUCCAAAUACUGCAUGUUGAAUAGAGAAAAUAUUUUGUUAAUCAAAAAAUUGUAAUAAGACCUGACAGUAUGUAAACUAGGUAAGCUCACGGGUAUCUUGUAAAUCCCAUUUUGGUAAUGACUGGUUUGUUCAGAUGCUGCACUGAAUAUAAAUAUUCUUAAGAUUGAUCAGCUAAACAUCAUUCUCUACCAUUAGUUUUAAAUGCCGUUAAAGACUAGUAUUUAGUAUCUGGCACUUUCUGGCUUUUUUUAUCAUUCUGGUCUGAAGUAAUAAUUCAAAACUAGCUUAUUUAACUACAUAAUACAGUGAAGCAGAGGGUUGGGGUUAAGACAUUCCAUAAAUUAUUGUUAGGAACUUGAGUUGUGACCCACUCAGAUUUUUGCAACUGUUUAUUGUACCUUUGUGGAGUUGAUCUGUUCUUCACCAUUGCAUAUUUGGCUGAAGUGGAACCUACACUACCUAAGACACCUUUCAGUAAAAGGGAUGAGUGAGUUUGCCUGUCUAUGUAACUAGUUUCUUCAGAAUAGCGAGUUUCGACCCUCAACGUUUACAAAUAAUGUUUCUUGUCUCAGAUUCCUGGUUUACCCUCCAGUUUAGAUGUUUUGAUUAUUGCCUUCUAAUUCACUUACCCAUACUAUUUUUAUUCUCUACGGUGACAGUACCAUUUCCAGGGAUACCACUUUCCUCCUUCCUGAGAUGAUUAGAAGGAGCAUUCCAAUUAGUCAAAAAUAUUACUCUGCUUGACCUGACUUAGAUUUCUUGUAUCAUAAACAUUUAAUUAUCUUUCCAAAAUUCAUAUGCUUUUCAGUAGCUAUCAUAGUAUAUUUUGCCUAGUAACACUUAACGGUAAUGGUUAUGUCCAAAGGCUAGUAUAAUGUUUUUAAUUUUAGCAUCUUUAAUGUAUUCUUUGAGGUUUGCAGAGUCCAUUAUGAAAUACCUAAAAUGGGUUGCAUGCUUUUUCUAAAGAUGCAAGUGAAUUGUGUGGGUAAACAUGGCAUUGUAAAACCGUUUUACUGUCGAGUCCAAAUGGUAUUCUUUCAACAUUUUUGGGCCUUGUUUUAGAAAAUAAUAUUGAUAAGAUUAAAUGGCAGUCAACAAACUGCAUAUGCAAUUUUGAAAGCAGUAUGAAAAACCUGAAAAUACCCUAGUUGAAGAUAUCUUUGGUUAUUCUGUAGUGCUCAUUUACUAAGCUUCUAGCAUUUCAGUCUACAUUGUCCUUUGCAUAUGAAUGCAGUUGGUUAAUCUCAUCAGUAUCUAGCAGUGCUUCCACGUGCACUUGGUUAUGCUGUUUCAUCCACAUUCUAUCCAUCUUAAAAUUAGUGAACUACUCCCACAUUGUAAGCUAUAAAGAUAAAGAAGUGUGUCCAUAAUGUCACGACAGGUAAAUGCAGCCUGACAAGGAAUUGAAAGAACUAUAUUGUGGUGCAAGAAACUUUUUAUAUAAAUAUAGUUUGCAAAAUCUUUAAGAUGGCUGGAACAUAUUGAAUGGUGUAUUGUGUAGAUUUUUCAAAAAAAUUGAAAUGUCUUUUUAAGGAAGUGGCCUGGAUCGCCAAGCAUGAACACCUACAUACUGUAUAGAAAAUGCUUUCUCUAAACCAUCUCUCUGCAUUGCUUCAAGCUACAUGGAGUUGCAGGUUCUGUUCAAAGGGACCACGGUGGGUGUUCCAUUUUUGUCCUCUACUGUUCUUUUCAAGGAUUCGUUUAUCAGCGCUGUGAAACGAGAUGAUGUGCACAGAGCUGUGGUGACUUGAUUUUGAAGCCUGGUGUGGGAUUGAUGCUUAUGGUGUUGCCAACGAAUGAGAGGGCUAGUAUGAGCGAGGAAGGAGAGAGCGCGUGCAGAAACCUGGUGGUGCAUUUUGAAUUUUUAAACAUGGCAAGAUGUGGCUCUCAAUCCCUUGGCAUGGUGAGCGAAUGCAGAGGAGAAGUGGGAUACAGUACGAAUGGUUUUUUCUUGCGUUCACAAAGGACUGUCCGUGACUGAGGGGCAAAAGACUCUAGUGUGGUGAUACUUGCUUGUAACUUGAGUAAUUGGAAACUGUUGGAUGUGUUCAGUGAAAUGAAUAUAUCUAGGGGUUGAAACCGAGGAACAUAGGGGCUCCACAAAUUACAAAAAUUGAGUUAAAUUUACUUUAUCUUAUAUUUCUUAAAACUAACGAGAAUGUUUGAAAAUUGAUUUCAGAAAAGUUAUUCUAAAUUCUAAUUCUGUCUUAUUGGAGAACAAAAAUUCUAAAGUGUGCAUAAGGAAUUGGUAACAUAAAUUACAGGUUGAUAUAUAAAAUUGGGCCAACUGUAUUUGAGUUUAGUUUCAACCCCUGAAUAUUUUUUGUAUCUUCCUUUUCCUUUCCCCUUCCCUUCCUGUUAUUUGUGUGUGCCGAAUGGUUGGUGAUGUACUUUUGUAUUACUGAUAUGUAAGUGUGAAUAAGUGAUAUGAUGUGGAGUUAUGAAGGAACAAUACUUUGUGGAGUGUAUUGUGGCAUUGCUGCCUGCCAGAGAUGACUUGGGUGAGCUCAGUGUCCAUCUCGAAUAAGAGUGUACGAUUGUCUGCUUUCUGCGAGUUUAUUACGAAUGCGGGGCUUAAUAAAUGAUUGCUUGAGUUUAGUGUGUUUUGAAGCCCUUUUUUAAUAUCUGACUGUAGGGAAUUCUUAAUAAAAUCUUGACUUGACUAAA